ACAAUCUCUGGGACCGCUGUCAACAUGUACGUUUGGAGCAUCAUCGGAGUGGCCGUGUUUUAUUUGGCUCAAAAUGCUGUCGUGUCCGCCUCCAUCAAAGAGAAGGAAGGGGGCAUUGUAUAUCAACCACGUCACCUCCUGCGCGCUAGCGUCAUCGCCAGGCAGAAAGCUGUGAGCAUUGACGAAGGCAAGGCUCCUCUUCCACCAGGCUUCAAAUACAUCUACGUCACAAACAACGGUUCUCUGGUCAACAGUUCAGGUGCACCAGGAGACACAAUAGAAGUGUCAGGAAGCCCCAAGACCCAGAUGCGCUCUGUGCGGAUGGCGGCCUCGACAGUAGCCAGAAUGGUCAAGAAGAUGCCCCAAGCCAUCUUCCGUCGCAUUUCGAGAGACGCUGGGGUGGGAGUUUUCACCGCUGAAGAAAAGAUCAUCAUCUACCCAUCGUUUGCUGACCUCAAGAACGGAGACUGUGGGACGAAUUGCACAGGUGACUGCGAGAAAACCUGUACGUUUGACGGGAGAAAGUAUGAAGACAUUGGAGCAGCGGCGGGCGAGAGGGCGGCCAUUGAAGAAGACAGCGUUAUGUGUGGAGUCACGUUCAACACUUUUGAGCUCAUUGACGUGGUGUCGCACGAGUUUGGGCACACUGCCAUGAUGUAUGGCAUGUCGGACACACAGUAGUGAGUACCAGCCGUGCUGUGUUCUUGUAUUACGAUUUGUUUUUAACACUGUGUCAAGGAUGCGACAAGGCAGCUCAAUAUGUUCAGUUACUGCUACUCCUUAGCCAAUGUCUCCUCAUGCGCGACACGACAUUGCUGGCGAUGAGUCGGUAAGUGAGUAUCCUUUUGAGCGACAAUAUCACAUGGUGUGUCGACCGGCACUACUUAGCUAGUCAUUUUGACCAAUGGUGAUUCUUUAAACCUGUCACACCUUCAGUCUGUCGCUCGCGACGAGGUCUCGAUCGCUACAUGGACUGAUCGCAGACGACAGUCGCGCGCAGCUAAACGUCACUUCGUGCAUAAGGACACAUAAUAUUCCAAAGGAGCAUUUCGAAAUGUGUUAUCGCAACUGCAUAAGGUUAUAUGAGCACCAAGGGGGGGGGGGAUGUCAACAGAGAAGUCCUUACAGGGAAUCAGG